GAGGAACCUAUACGGCAAAUGCAGUUCUGUCGUUUAUUUGGACGUGAAAUAAGAGUUGAGAUAAGAAAAGACAAAGGAGAGAGUGAAAAACGUAUGAAUCCUAUGAGUAGCAUGGAGAUGAUUUUCAUCAUUUUGGUCUUUCUUGAGGGAGGAUUAUGGGAGGCUGAAGCGAUGUCACUAACAGGAGUGCUUCACAAGGAUAUCACAAUAGAGUGCUCUCAUGGAAACGCAUUUUCCAACAUCAAAUAUUUCUGCAAGGGAGCGUGUAACAAUGAAGACGUCCUAAUAACUAGCAGAGAACAGAAUAAAGGUUCAUGGAGUAAAUACAGUAUUAAAGAUGAAGGAAACACAUUCUUCGUGACCAUCUCUCGACUGACAGAGGAUGACGCGGGAACUUACUGGUGUGGAAUAGAAAGAGUUGGUUUCGACACAUACAAUGAAGUAAUCCUCACAGUCAUAAAGAAGGAAGGAAACAGCGCUGACUUGCUACAAUUAAAUUCAGAAAAGCUGGUGUACAUCGGAGCGGGCCUCGGGGUGCUUGUGCUGGCUCUGGCGAUGGUACUGCUGAUAUUCUUCAGAUAUCGAAACAGAGACGCCUCUUCUGGAAAGGACCAUGACACAGUCUACGCAACACCGUCCAGUCUGAAUCAAGAUGCACAACAUAUCACCACUUCGUCGUCAGCCGCUCAGCACCAAGAUGCGAGCAGAGACCCCACGGACAGUUCUUCCAUUUCGUCAGACGUCCAGAAUCAACCAGUCGGCCUCUUUUACUCCACCGUCAGCUUCAACAAACACACAGACUGCAGCACUGCUACACCCCGCCCUGCAGAAGUCACAUACUCCACCAUUGCAGCCAUGUCAACAGAUGAAUCAGCAGUCUUUUGUAAUGACUGAACUGAGUGAUGAUCAUCUUCAGUUAUGUGCAGCUAUGUUAUGCUAAACCACAAUAAUGUACCCACCUCACAUAUAUUUCUAAGACUAAAUUCAGAGGUUGUUUUAUAUGAAAUAUUUUAAUAAUUCUGACUUAAUUGUUUAGUUCAUACAGGACAGAUAUAUGUGAAAGAGGUAAAUAACCCCUUUAAAAAAAUAAUUUAUGAAGGUUAUACAUCAUGUCCAGAAGAUUUUAGAUUUUACCGAAAUAAAAUAAAAUUGUAAAUAUAGA